CCGCAGCUCCCGCCUCUUCCUCCCUCUCCGCCUGUCGCUCCUUUCCCCGUGGUCACGUAAAAGAAAAACGGCGGACGCCCUUCCAUUGGCGCGAGACACCGUUCGCCUCGUGACGUCAGCGUUUUCUUCCUUGCCCACCACGUGCACUUGCACUGGUCUACCCGGCAUCACCGUUCGCGAUUCCACGCAAUGCUCCGUGUACUUCCCUCGCUGAGCUGGACGCACAACAGUCGCGUUGUUUUCGCUUGAACGCGCCGCUGCUCGCACCCGCUCUCUCCGUAGCGCUCCUCGGUCCUGCCACUGUUAGGAUGUGCUCCUGGUCAUCGACUCCUCGCGGUCUCUUCUGAGGAUCGACUGUGACUAUACCCCGCCGGAACUUCGGCGAUCCGAAGAUUGUCUUCGCCGAAGGCUCGACGCUCGUUCACAUUGGGAUACGCGAGGACCGUGUACCAGGCCAACAUGCAGGUCCUCUGGACGCUUCUUCUGGUGGUCGCCGUAGCUGUUCAAGGUCAAACGUCGUCUUCCACGUCUCCAGUGAGCGCAACGACGACGACGUCCACGACGACGACGACGACUACGACGACAGAGACACCGCUAACGACGACGCCCGAUGCCGCCGAGCUUGUGCGACAGUCGUGGGCCAAAGUGGAGUCUCUGCUCAAGUCGACGGUAGACACGCAGUUGAGGAGGCUUUUGCCGCAGAUGCUUCGUGCGAGCGGUGAAUCUGGAAUGUCGCCAGAGUGCCAGGCCGCCAACUUCAAGGUGAUGCUUGGUCUGCGGCAACUCAAGUCGUGGGCCAUCAGAUUGUUGGACGCCACAGGACGACCGGCGGCAGGCACGCUGGAAGGCACAUUGUCCGACUUUGGAAAUUACGACGAGUGUCUCAAGAUCCGGCUGAUGGACGACUACAGCGGCGAAGAGACCUUCCGUGGCAAGUACUGCACUCUCAAGUUUGCAGCGCCCAUGCCUCCGAAGCCAGAGCGACUAAACUACCAUCAGAACCUUUUCAACACCACGUUGGACGAAGGAGGGCUGCUAGAGGACAUGGCAAGAGGGGCACCCUACUUCUACCACCUGUCCCCUAAACUUGGAAUUUGCAUUCCUUCACCUUGUACAGGCGGAGAUAUUGAAUCACUUAUAAAUACAGUCCUUAAACCAUUAAGCUGGAACGUCACCGCCAUCAACUGCGACGUAGAUGGGCCAAUAACCAUCAAGAAAAACCAACUAGCCAUCAUCGUUGUCAUAGGCGUUAUUGUAUUUCUCUGCCUUUUGGGUACCUUGAUGACUGCAUGCCGCCGGAUGUGCUCAGAGGACAGCAGCAACCUUAGACCUAAUUUAUUCUUCGAAAUCAUGAAAUGCUUCUCACUCUACGACAACACCGUGAAGCUCUUCAACACCAAAUCGACUCAGGGGACUUUGGGUGUCCUUCAUGGCGUCAAAUUCCUCAGUAUGUGCUGGGUCAUCCUGUGCCAUAGUUACAUCUUCCUUAAUCCUGAACGAGUUGUGUCUCUCGAAAAUAUUCAUGAGGAUCCAUUCACUUAUUCGUUUCAAAUCAUGAUGAAUGGAUGGCUUGCCGUUGACACCUUCUUCAUGCUGGGUGGCAUCACUCUGGCAUAUUCAACGCUGCGCCACAUGGCGGAUAACAAGGGUCGACUCAACAUCUUAAUAUAUUUCUUCCACCGAAUAUUCAGGAUCGUUCCUCCUCUGGGUUUCACCGUCGCCUUGAUCAUCUUGCUCCCCCUGUUCGGGCGGGGUCCCGUCUGGCAUGAGAUCGUCGACGUCCAGGCCAACAAGUGCGAGCAGAACUGGUGGCAGACGAUGCUCUUUUUCGCCAACUUUGUCACCACCUAUGAUUCCAUCUGCUUGGAGACUACAUGGUACCUGCAGUGUGACAUGCAGUUUUACAUCCUUGCCUUGGCCAUAAUUCUUCCUAUGUACAAACACCCGAUCCUGGGAAGCCUCAUCAACCUUAUGUUCCUUGUUGUGUCGUUCAUAAUUACCGCGGUUAUCAUAGUCUACUACAACUUCCCUGCCAUCAUGAUCUUCUUACAUCCCGACGUUGAACUCAUCAAGAAGGAAGCCUUCUACAUACACUGGAGGCCUUACACCCACUACGGACCAUACGCCGUCGGGCUUUUCAUGGGCCUGCUGUUCUACAGGAAGCAAAAGAUACGCUUCAGCAAGGGUUUGGCCAUUCUCGGCUGGGCAAUGGCCAUCAGUCUCCAGUUGGCAAUGAUCUACGGGAUCCGGGACUGGCACGAGCACUACGAGACCGUCGGAAUCAUCGGCUACGUCUUCGCCGUCACACACCGCACGGCAUGGGCCGCUACCGUCGCCUACAUAGUAUUCGCCACACACUUCGGCCUCGGGGGCUGGAUCGGACAGUUUCUGCAGUGGAAGGCGCUGGUGCCGCUGAGUAGGUUGACCUUCCUCACGUACCUUCUUCACCCGCUGGUCAUGUGGUACAAGAACGGAAACCUCAGAGAACGUGUGUUCCUCCGACACUUCCCCGAAAUGGCCAACAACGUCGUUUCCGACCUGGUCUUCUCAUACGCGGUCGCUUUCAUCGCCACCCUGCUGUUCGAGGUGCCCGUCCUGAACCUGGAGAAGAUCAUCCUCAGGCCCUUCAUGGGGGCGCCCAAGAAACAGGGUGGCAAUGGCCGGUCGGGCAACGGCGUCUCGAACACGGCCUACUCGCCCGAGUCGCCUCCCGUCGACUUCGUGAUUAACGGACACCACUACCCCGACGACUACAAGAGGGCCGCCGGAGAACGGAACAGUUCUUCGAGGCUUUGAUGGGAACGACGAGAAACAACGCGGGGUACGCGACCGUAUCGUACCAAUACUACCUAGAAGAGGAGUCUCGCGCCUUUCGCCUUCAAUCGUCAUCGCUAGUGAAUCUACGCAGCACCCCCUAGCUUGCGUCAGCGUCGCCGCCAGCGCGUUUCGCAGCGUCCCACACAGCGAGCGCUACGCUAGCAGAUGGCGACGUUAAGGCGGACGUGCCGACGCCAAGACGGACGCGUCUUGGCGUCGGCACGUCUUGGCAAACACAGCUUCGGUGUGUUUGCCGCUAGGGGCGGGUCGGAGGAUUCACAAAUGAUAACGUCAUGAGUGGGCCUUGCCUUCUAGGCGGCGUUGGUCUUACCGAGUUACGUCUUUGAUGGCGGAGGUGGAUCUGCAUUCCGUGCGCGUGUUGGUACGCGUCUACAAUUGUCCCCGUCUCAACGCUUCCGCAGCGAGAUAUGUGAACAGCGGAAGACGACGUCCGGGGGAUCGAGACGACUCCUAUCGCGAUUUUCUUGUUUGUUGACGGGACUGAUGUUUUGUAGUUAGGAUUUAUUUCUUUUUGUUUUGGUUUUCCAGUUUGACGUAUCUGGAGGACGUUUUGUGCGACGUGAAAUAUGAGCCCCACUGCAUUUUAGUCUACGUUUACAACGACACCGUGCAGUGCGGUCACGACGCGGAAGCGUGGCCUCACGUUUGCUACGCACGAAUUUAGGAAUAGGAGAUGGACGGUUUUGUAGACGCGUAAGUAACUAGGUCGAUGAACGAUAUGUAACGUGUCACGAGAAAGAACACGUGCCAUUUUAAAACAAUGUUUAGUUGAUGGGGCGGUUGCUUUUAUUACACAGUCGUGUACAGUGUGCUCGGAUUAAACCCCAGUGGUCUUUCGUUCUUCGAUUUCAUCGGGUCAUU